GGCAGGCGGGCAAACGGGCAAACGGAUGCCCGGGUUACAUCGAACUGACAAGAAGGAAAUCAUGCAAAACGAAUACAGACGGGCGCAUGCCAAGUGUUUCAAAGCACAUCCCUGUCCGAUACGGUCUUUCUGAGGGUGAGGCCAACCGCAUUUUGGGCGUGGCGUCGGAUUGAGUCCGGACCGGAGUUCCGAGUGGACCACGUAGUCGUUAAUUAAUAGUGCAUGAGGUCAAACGUGAAUUUUCAAACGCGGCAGCCACGUAACGUUUGACCUUUGGAACGGCAGCUUAUCAGCGUAUGAGCGGCGGUGCAUCCUGGGAUGCGGAGUUUGCACUUUGGGCCAAGCGGUUUGGGACAGGCCUCUCUCUCUCUCUCUCUCUCUGUCAAGUGUUUAGCUCUCUCGGCCUUCGUCACCAGGCAGCGGGCUCGACCCCCCCGAAGGAAGUUGAGUCGGCCGAGCAGCCGGCAGUCUCUUUCUUAACGAGUCGGAUCGGUCGGGCUUUGCCGUGUUGAAGCUCCGGACCGGGCCGCGAGGUCAUUGAACGUUUUGUCCGCCAUGACACACGGGACGCGGUGACACGACGAGCACGUACGGACGGGACUGGACUGGACUGGACCGGACCGGACUGGACCGGACCACGAGGCUUUUGUUCGUGCUGGAAAACAGUGGGCGAAAUGUCCAGACCUCCUUCCCAAACCACUCCGCAGAUCUGCAGGGUCAGCGACAAAGACCUCACUGAGAUUGAACUCCAUUCUGUGGACUCCAUCAAUGACCUGCACCGGACACACCCCGAACACAACCGCAAAGUCCAAGGACAGAGGUAUGGGCUCCUAUUAAGAGAGCUGAUUACAGGAACGAGGCCCCCCCGCCCCGCUUACACUCCCUCCGCGAAUGGAACGCCGCACGCGCGCCGCACGAGCGCCGGAGCCAAACGGCAGAGUCGUCGUCUGCGGGACACGUCGACUCCGAGCUCGUCACGCGCCUGCGCUGCGGCCUGCGCUGUCAUCGCGCUGCUCCUGCUCACGCUUGCGCUCAUUUUCUACUUCCUGGUACAACAAGGCGGCGCGCUGCGGAGGCUGACCGAGGCCUCGAGGGACAAAGAAGCUGCGGCCGCACGACUGUCCGCGCUGAUCCGACGGCUACAAACGCUCGCGUUCAACCUGACGGCCGCGAGAGGGCGGACAUGAACCAAGAGGGUGUUCACGGCCCGAUUCUUCACAUCCUGGCUCAAAGACGCGAUAUCCUGGAGCUGCAAACACAGACGUCAAACCGACUGGACGGCACGGGCGUGACAUCGCGGACCACGUUCGGUACCUUUUUCGCCACGUUGUGCAGUUCCUCAUUAGCGGCUUCCAGAGUCUCGGUGGCGUUCUUCGCAUGACUUAACGCGGCUAAAGAAGCGCUCGCCGUCCCGUUGCAUCCUUCCCCUCCGCAUACGUGGGUGCCCCGGUUGUCACGGCAACCAGGGCCGCCGCACGGGCCGUCUCCGCAGCUACCGUUGACGCUGGCGUCGCUGCGGCCCCCGCAUACCUGGAGGAAAAUGUGUUUCAACUUGUUGUUGAUUGGCCUUGCGCACAAGUGUGUUCUGCUUUUUUUUGGGUGACAACGCCGCAGAAGCAUACCGGCGACGGUAAAGGCAAAUUUGAUGCUGACGGCACAGUGCGCGCAUGAGCCGAGCCGCGAAGGUUCCAGUGCGACGAACCCUCGAAUAUUCGCGGUUUGUAAUUCACAAAUUCCGGGGCGCGGGAGGUGGCACCUCUACUAUUCGCUGAAAAACCUAUUCAUGUAUUUUUCUGUUCGGCCCUAAAACGCCACAUGAUGGUGUCAAGGAAGCACGUUUCAGUGCUACAUCAUGACUGAAAGGCUCAAAUCUUUGUACGCAAGGGAGGAGAGCUACGUUUAGCCUGGGUUGUUGGCAGAAGUUCCAGAGAGUGCGGCUUGUAUGUCUUUGCUCUGCUGAGUAGCUAUGAAAAGGCUUUUUUUUCAAAAUCCAAUCAUCUGCCAGCCAUUUAUUUUUGAAGGCUUAUGUUCUAAUAUGUGAUAUUAAAGUGUUUUGGGAUGCUA